AGCGAAGGAGGAGCAUUUCCGGUAGCACAGGCGGAAGUGGUCUGGUUGUUUAGGAGGUGAAAAGGGGAGGCCAUGAGCCGCCUCCAGGAGGAGGAUGACCCUUAUGUGGUUGAGGAGCCCAGCGACGAGGAGCCCGCCCUCAGCAGCUCUGAAGAUGAAGUGGAUGUGCUGUUACAUGGCACCCCUGAACAGAAGCGUAAACUUAUCCGGGAGUGUCUCACUGGAGAAAGUGAAUCUUCUAGUGAUGAUGAAUUCCAAAAGGAAAUGGAAGCUGAACUAGCCUGCACCAUGAAGAACAUGGAGGGCAAGUGGAAGUCACAACUUACUGAUGGUACUGCAAGCGCUGGCCAGUCUGGAACUUCUACUACAAAGUACUAUGAUGACAUCUAUUUUGAUUCUGAUUCGGAGGAUGAAGACAAAGUAGCUACGCCAGAUGCCAGGAAGAAAAAGAAACACCAACAGCGUCGUAUUCCAACUAAUGAUGAGCUGUUCUAUGAUCCCGAAGAAGACAAUAGAGACCAGGAAUGGGUUGACAGGAAGAGGAGAGGGUAUCACAAUAUAAGAAGUACACAACAUCAGCAAGUCAGACCUCCUGCCAUUCCCAACAGUGAUGCUGUCUUGAACUGUCCAGCUUGCAUGACGACAUUGUGCCUUGAUUGUCAGAGGCAUGAAUCAUACAGAACUCAGUACAGAGCAAUGUUUGUGAUGAAUUGCACUGUUAUCAAAGAAGAGAUUUUGAAAUACAAAGGUCCAUUGAACAAGAAGACAAAGAGAGGGCACAAGAAAAUUAAACAGAGCACUGAAUCCAUUGCUGGCCCAGAAAAACAGGAAGAGGAGGAGAUAUAUCAUCCAGUAAAAUGUACUGAAUGUUCAACAGAGGUGGCGGUUUUAGAUAAAGAUGAAGUCUUUCAUUUUUUCAAUGUUCUAGCAAGCCAUUGCUAAGACAAAACAUUACGUUUGUAUUAAAGAUCCAAAACAGAAAGUUGUCCUAUUUGUUUUAAGUUACCUUUUGUGUCAUUUGUUGAAAGUCACUUAACUAAUCUGAUGUGAAAAUUUUGUCCUUGCCUCUCUAUUAGUAAACAAAGUGAACUUCAGUUUUUUUGUUCAUAAUUGUUUUUUCCCCACAUCGUUGUUUAUAUGUAACUUUUCUUCUAUUAAGUAGCAUUUAAAAUACUUCAAGGUAGAGCAAGUUUAUGUCAAGAUUUCAUAGUGUAUAGUGGCUGGCUGUCAUAAGCUGGACAGUGGCAUCACUAAGUUGUUCAAGACUCAUGUGUUUGAUUUUGUCCUCUUUGUUAUUUUGAAAACCCAGUGUACUUGUAUCUUGUGAUGCACACAUCUUAUAUUAAGACUUUCCUUCAUCAUUUAAAAUAAAAAAAUUGCUAUAGUC